UAGCGCUGUUGUUAUUUUUCAAUUUACGCCAGUGGACAAUAAAUUGAUUAUUUAACUUUAUAUUUCAUUUAAAAUGAUAACAUAGGUUUUCAGAGAGUAAUGAAGACGCUGUUGGUUCUCGCAGCCAUAUUGGCCAUUACGGCGGCCACAUACAGUCGAUAUCGAUAUGGGGGUCACCGUGGACUCUACAGGGGCGGGGUUAUAGGCGGAUAUGGCCCCUACGGUUACGGUAGAGCCGGUUUCAUUCAGGGACCAAGGGGUUUCUUGGCUGGUGGAAACCUUGGUGUAUUUGGGCCGUAUGGGGGCUAUGGCGGCUAUGGUGGUUAUGGAGGUUACGGAGACUAUGACGACUAUGGAAGCUACGGUGGUUAUGGAGGAUAUGGUGGUAUCGGAGAUUACGGAGACUAUGGUGGUUACCGAGGCUAUGGCGGUUACGGGGGCUAUGGUGGUUACGAUGACGACUACGGACGCUAUGGUGGCUAUGGCGGUAUUGGUGGCUUCGGAGGUUACGGUGGUGUGGGCGGUUACGGCGGUGUGGGCGGUUACGGGGGGUACGGCGGAGCAAUAAAAGAAUCUACUAAGAUCCACUUUGGUCAAAAACCACUGUUUGAUGUCGACUUUGCAUGA